UGCGCGUUGCGGCUGUCCACCAUGGCCACGGUGCUGUCCCGGGCGUUGAAGCUGCCAGGAAAAAAGAGCCCAGACCUAGGGGAGUAUGAUCCUCUCACUCAGGCCGACAGUGAUGAGAGUGAAGAUGACCUUGUGCUCAACCUGCAGAAGAAUGGAGGAGUCAAGAAUGGGAAGAGCGCCCUGGAAGAGGUGCAGGACGCAGACUCGGAUGUGGAGGUGGGGAUGACAAAACAGCACCCCUCAGAGAGCACAGCUGAGAGGUACCCUGCAGAGGCUGCCAUUGGCCUGGAGCAGAAGGCGGCCACCUCCCUGAUGCCUUACUUGCGCACAGCGGUCUUUCUCCUCACCAUGGUUAUCUCUAUGAUUCUGGUGCUGGUCUGUGCUUUUCUAAUUCCUUGUCCUCCUAGGGAUUUGCAUAACACCUGGAUGCACCACCUGGGUCAGGAAGCAGGUGGGGUACUGUUUCCACUGGAACUCUCUGACGUGAAUGGUGAUGGGCUUCCUGACAUCCUGCUCUCCUUUGCUGCCCUGAUGAAUGCUAGUGUCAUGGGCGUCUCCAGGCCCUCGGUAACUGUAGUGGCCCUUUCGGGCAUGAAUGGAAGCACAUUGUGGUCCAUCCACAUUCCAGAGGACACUCGGAGUGUACAGUGCAAAGGACUGACUCACACGGCCACAGCAGAGCCAGUCUGCUUGGUGACUGGAACAUCUAAAUUCCUCAGCCUUCUCAGUGCUUCCACAGGAAAAACCAUCUGGAGACUAAACCCUGACCACCUGCCAAGUGGGACUCUGGCUGCACCAGCUGUUACGCUGCCAGAUGUGGAUGGAGAUGGGAUUGGAGAUCUGGUAGUCCUGGCCAUUGGGGAGACGCAGCCUGACCUGUGCUUUAUCUUACUGUCUGGAAAGACUGGAAACCCUCUAGGUGGGCCUGUGAAGUACAGCAUCAAUGGAGAAGGAAAACUAAUUGGUCCCCAAGCCCACAUCACCAGGCGAGGAGCCAUUUACAUCCUGUUUGGCUUUGGUAAUGUCCAAGCAGUUUCAGUGAGGGAUAUCUUUGCCCAGGCCAGAAUCCGCGGCAUCUUCCCACAAGUGCUGCAACAGGAAGAGCCAGAGUGGGAGAAGCACAGAUCAGUCAACUUGUCAGAACUCAUUGACAUUUACAGUGGGGGUGUUGAGUUUCUACAAACAGUAAAGGCUUCAGACAGCAACUGCAGCAAUCUUCUCAUCACCACCAAGCAUGGCCUGACUUUACUACGGGGACAGGACCUAGAACCCCAGUGGAGCUUGGAGAUUCAGGAUAUUCACAGCCAACCUUCCCCUGGUUACUUCAGUGCUGAUCAAGUCCUGGACUUCAUGCUGCAGGCUCCGAGCAGAAGUGGUACAAAAAAGGUGGUGGUGGUAGAUGGCAAAACAGGUCUCCCUAUUUGGAGCCAUAACCUCCCAUGUCGCAUGCAAGAAUCAGAUGCGCUAUCAGUAAUGACUUUGGACAGGAAAUCUGUUUUUCUCUUCUGGGCUGAUGAAAUACAGCCUGCAUCACAAAGUCUGGAACCUGGCCCAAGAAAUGAGCGCCCAGGGCUUCACCAUCUCUACCUCUUGCAUCCUACCUUCCCUACAGUCCUUUUGGACCUCAACAAUAUCACCGACAUAGUGACUGCUUCAGCCAUUGGAAUUAAUGAUCUCCAGAAAGAUGCAUUUUACAUCACUAUGAUGAGGAGUCCUACAGCUGAAAACCAACCAGGAUUUUUGUCUGUCAGCAAGCUAGGCCUGAGGUGGGCCAUGAUGACUCAGAGCCGCAUGGUAUUGCUUAAGGACACCAACCCCAAGAUCAGCCGAGGGGAAAUAAGGAGAUUCUUGGCCAGGCUGAAAUUUAUGGAUUUUCCUUUCAAGGUCUAGGAUGUUGGCUCCUCAGGUUUCACAUGCACAGGGUGGAUAUUUGGCCCUUGGUGGCGUAGGGAAAGAUGCUCAGUGAUUCUUCAUCAUACUUGCUGUACAAAGGGAGCAGGGACUGAAGCCACUCCCCUGUCCCUUCCUCAAGCUUGCCAGAAAAAGCUGGGGUGGACAGGCUUGUCAGCUUCUGAUAGCUGCAACACAGGAACGCUGCUGGACCUCUCCCCUGCCACACCCUGCUUGCGUGCGUCCUCCAGGUACUGUGGAAAUGUGAAUGCAGAAAAGUGUGUAUAUAUAUAUAUGUAUGUAUAUUUUUUGUAUGUUUUAAUUUAUGAACUAUUUCCAGGAAACUCCUGUUUGUAUUCAAGCAGUAUUUCCAUUCAUUGUGUUUUAAUCCCACUGUUUUACUUGGGGAACCAUUGCCUGGCUCCUCCAUGGCUGGUUUCAUCAUACAGGUUCCUCCAGCUCUCCUACCUCUUUUACUUUAGGUUCACCACUGUAUCCCCUCACUCUCAGUUCCUUGGAAUGUCCAGCCCUCCCUGAUUCAGCUAGUUUGGAAUAAGCAACCAAGAGGCAAAAAACUCCACAAUUCCUUUUUAACCCCCUGAGCCUACCAGUUUCUUCUCCCAUGCACAAAUUAGGGUUGGAAAUGUAGAUAUGAAAGGCCCACGUCUCAUAUCCAGCUUUGUCUCUCCCUUUGGUCUUUCUUAUGAGCCCUUAUGGCAUCACAUGAUGUCUGCCUUAGUGCAAACAAAUUAAAUCAUAUGAACCAUGUAUUCCUGAGUAGUACAGCACAGGUAGAUUGGCCAGUAUGUCUGGCCUCUGGAAGAUAUCAAUAGUGUGUUAUAGAGUGGUUCUUAGUUUGCAUAGAGGCUCUUUUGUCACACCCAGUAUCCAGUACAAGAGGCUUAAGGUAAUGCUGGGAAACCCUUCUCUGCCGUUCCUCAGCUGUAGUUUUGGUCCCUUGGGACCACUGAGAGAAAAUGUGAGUUAAAACAGCCAAGGGUUGCUCAAAGGUAAUCAUGGAGACAGACCAGUGCUCAACACAGUAGCCCUAGACAGGCUUCAUAUUAGCAUUCACCCACCCUAUGUGGAAGUCUGCUAGAAUCUGUCCCCAUAGAUGUUUGAAAUUUACUGUCUGUGCCAUGAUUGUGGAGCAUGUAUGUAAAGCCUGCUGUGACACAUGCAAUGCCUCUUUAGUGACCUUUGGUCCCUACACAUUCCUCCCCCUCCCCAUCCCCCUACUCCACUGCAAGGCAUUCCCUUAUAGAUAUUGGUUUCCCAGCAGAUCUAGUUCUGCUCCCCCUGUAGCAUUGGCAAAAGCAGUCAGCCGCAGACCUAACACAGAUCUUCUGCUAUUGCCUGCUGCUAUUGUCCUCCAGCUGGUAUUUUUUCAGUACUUCCUUUCUUAGUGCUGAGGGCCUGGCAUAUUUUGCACCUCCCUUUAAAGGGCCCAUUGCAUCUUUGCGGAGAGUUGUCUCCUUUGCUUGGUUUCUUGGGCCAUCUUCUGAAUACUUGUCUGUCUCACUGCAUCUCCUAUAAAAUGGCUCCCUGCAGUCUCUUUUAGAUUAGCUGCAAUUCCCAAGGCUGGCCCUUGAGCCCCUCCCUGGUAAUGCCAGGGCUUUGUGCAGAGCUUUACAUGUAAUGGCAUUUUUGUGUAAAUAGCCCUGUACAUAUUAGCACAUAUGUAGCAAGGGGCUAUUUGCCUUGGCACCUGCCUUUUGUCUCCUGUCUUCUGGCAGGGCUAGGUGCUUUAGAAGUGUUUGGUUUAGUUUGAACAGUGGUGACUGAAGUACCAGUGGCAGAGGAAGUUAAUUAGAAACAGGGCUAUACUCCAUCCCCCUUCUUUUCUACCACCACCUUGCAGAAAAGGCUUGAAAGCUUUUACCUGAAAUAGUAAUUGUCCUUAGGUUCUUCCUCAAAUUCCUAGGCCAGAUAUUUAAUGUGCAGUGACACUAGCUCCUCCAUAAUGUGAAUUCUUUUCCCUUAUCCCCACUGUGAAUAGAAAGUCUGUCUGUAUAUUGUCAGGAAAAAAAUAUUUGAAUUAUAAACUGCUGUGGAACAAAUAAAUAUAGUGUACAGCA